CCUGGGCAGUGGGGUGCACCGGACAGAUGGCUGUGGAGGAUCAGGGGAAGAUCACGUUGUUGAGAUGAGGUGAAGACACGUCACUCCACAGCCACGCUACUUUAAGAUGACACGAACCGACCCGCCUGACAUACUCUUGUCUUCGGUUUAUCAAGACGUGAAGGUGACGCUCAACCCAGAUUCUCCAGUCCCCUGCUCAACCGCACAAUGUGACAGCUUCAUGUCUAGCCACAGAGAGGUCACUCAACCGCAAUUCAACAAGAGGCACUGCCGUAGCUUUGACUUCCUCGAAUCCUUAGACGACCAGGUAACCAACCCACCAGUCAUGGAAAACCCUCAACGAGGAGGUCACAGACGUGCCGGAACCCCUGAACCGUCAUCCCAGCCCGUUGGGAGGAGGUCUUCUACCAGGACUGAAGCUCAGUAUACUUCCCAAGGGAUGGACACAGCCAGAGAAGCAUCCAAAGAACAAAAAAGACGACCAAGGUCAAAGAGUGCACCCCGGGUCAAAACCACCUUCACAUCAGUUCCCAUACAGAUGUCUUCUUCGCAGUCUCCACCUCCGACUUCCAGAAGAGGUAGAGAAGUUACCAGGUCUUCUCGAGAGCCUCAAAAAUCAGUGGCUUCUCCAAAAAGGGAGGUCACCUAUGCGCCUACAAAGGUAUUAAUGAACGAGGUGCACCCCAUUAAAUUACAGCCACGACGCAACAGUGCCAGCCGCAUCUCCCCCUUGUGCUUUAGCAACAAUUGCAUGGAGGACCCUCAUAGUGGGAAACCAAUCUCCAGCCCUCACGUGCGCUGUCGGGUGGACAUAAAGCCAGAUGACGCCGUCAUUCAGCAUGCUGCCCACACCUCCUCUAAGCCCUGUCAGGCUUGGGGUGAUACGCAACACUGCACACGGCAACCGGGCACCCCAAGGAGCUUAGCUGUGCCAAAUGCAAGACUUAUGUCUGUGUCCCGUACGCCCACACCCAGCGAUUCCUACAGUGUUGAUCCAAGGAUGACUCAUUUUGCUUGUACCCCAGGGGGAGAGAUGUAUGCACCAGAUGUGCGAAGUAUUCCAUACCAAAGUGUUGCUUCACCGAGGGACUUCACACAGUACACCACCAGGGACUGCGGGCAGUACAUCAGCCCAACCAUGCCCACGACAUUCUACUACACUGAUGACGAUGCCAACCUCAGCCAAACCAUACCAAUCAAAAGUAGAGGGUAUUAUCCCCGUCCAUAUCCUGAUACUGGUGUUCCUGCACAUGCAUAUUACACUGAGGACAACCCGACUCUGGCGCCAAGGACCUAUUAUAUUGAGGACCCCAGAUCUUAUGCUAUUCAGGAAGCCCCACUAAGGACGUUUUAUGGAGAGGAUCCCCGUUAUUACCCUCCUCGUAGUGCCCCUACCAAAAACCUUUAUGCAGAUGACCCGAGAACUUACCCGAUUCAGGGCACGUCAUCAAAGCUCUAUUUUACUGAGGAUAUAGCAAAGUAUUCAGAAAGAGAGGCUUUAUCCCGUACAUAUCCCUAUCCCAGGAGCACCCAGCCAUUGCAGUUCAGCGAGUGGUACUUUCCGGAUCAGAGCCCCUUACCUUACCAGACCAUACAGAUGCCUACAUUUCCCACGCACACCAGUGGGAGGGAGGCAAUGCUUUCUUCUUGGCACGCUUCAUACAGCAUGAACCAGCAAAGACUUGGGACCGACUCCAGAAAUUAUUCUCGAUCUUGGGACAAUAUAUUGAAUACUGGUGGGCGCAAGGAGGACCCACUCUCGCGAGGGCGCAGCUACGAGAACCUGUUGUGCCGAGAGCGACGUGCCUUAUCUCCAGAUGACAGACGCCAACCUGUCGUUGUCAAUCUCUCUUGUUCUCCCAAGCGCUACGCUGCCCUAUCUCUCUCAGAGAAUUCCAUUAUAGAAAAGGUCCAAACGGAUGGGGGCGGCGGGAGGUACACAAUGGGACGUUCAUGGUUUGUUACCCCAGAAAUUACCAUAACAGACAAUGAUCUAAGAGCAAACGGGGUGGGAAGGAGUGACCGGCGUUCGGCCAGCUGGGAUGUGAUUGAUUCUGGAGUGUCACCACCCGCUUACCCAACCCAUGCCUCCUAUCCUGCCAAAGAUAAGUUGCCAAGCAGGUCUUCGAGGCACCGUAGCUUGGAGCAGCUUGAUGAACUCAUUGCGGAUCUGGUAAUUGAUUAUAAGCCGCCAUCGAGUCGUCGACCUAGCGAGGCAGACGCCCUGGCUGACCAACUGAGGAAGUUAAUUAAAGAAGACAUGAUAGGGAUACCGAGGAAAUCAGAGCAGUAUGGGCAAAUGGCCCACUUGCUACAAAACCGACCUCUCAAGGAACAGCCAACUCCAACAUUCCCCGAAUUUCAAAGAGGUCAAAGGAGAGGGCCGUUCCCUGAGGUGCCAGUGACUAGCCCCCAUAAACCCUUAGAGGACUGUUCCCCAGACCACAGUGCGGAUGAAGAUGACCUACUGACCUGUUCUAAUGCCAAGUGCAGACGCACAGAGACCAUGUUCAAUGCCUGCCUGUACUUCAAGUCCUGCCAUAGCUGCUACACCUAUUACUGUUCCCGUAAUUGCCGACGAGAGGACUGGGACAUACACAAGGAGAACUGUAUCUACGGUAGAAUGGGUAGCGUCUGUCGGCAUGUGCUCAAAUUUUGCAGAGAGAACACCGAGGUGCACAAAGCAUUUUCUAGAAUCGCCAAGGUGGGUUACUUGUCCCGCGGGAGAGGGGUGCUUUUCCUGGGUUUCCCUAACCCAGGUUCUGCAGAUAAUUUUCUUCAGCUAGGUCUGGAAGGACUUCUCAUGUCUCCCACCUACUUAUCUCUGAGGGAGCUCGAGAGUUACUCGGACAACCUCGGAGAACAUGCCAAGGAGCUUCAGAUAGCAGGCAACCAAUACGACCCUGAGGAAUGUUUCCUGUUGAAUGUAACUGUGGCGGUGGGACAAAGUGGUUCUGACCGACUCUCGUCCAGAGCCCACCACGUCCCCACUAUUCGCAAGUAUGCCAAAAUAGCCUUAGCCUCUUCUAGUCCGGAGCGGAAGAUCACAAAAAAGGAAAAAGACAUGGAGACCCUGAUCCUUACUCCACCCCCGGGCACCGCCGACCUGGAUAAGGAUGGAGAAGAAGGGAGGAAGGCCAGGGAGGUUUGCUUCAUACAUAUCCAGAGGGAGUUACGGAUCAGGGGGGUCUUCCUUCGACACGAGUACCCUAAGAUCUACCAGCAGCUUUGCGAGUUUGUGGAGAACAAUAAGAGGUUCACCCCCACCACAAUUUACCCCAUCGAUCGGAGGACUGGCAAACAGUUCAUGUGCAUGAUUAUGGCAGCUUCAGAGCCUAGGACUCUUGAUUGGGUGGCCAGUCCCAAUCUCCUGGAUGAUAUCAUGUGA